GUUUUAGGGUUUUAGGCGCGAGGGAAUGGCUACAAUAUCCGGGAAUGCGGCAUCCAUGGCGCUUGCGCGCCGCCUUGUCUCUCCUCCCCAGGCGCUGCGCUCCUCCUCGUCGCUCUCCAGGUCAAAUCUGGCUGCGAAAUCAUCGCCUUGCGUGAUUCUCCGGGCAAAUGCCGCUGCCGCCAAUACCGAAGGCUCCAAAUUGCGGCAGAUUUCUUCGCUAGAUUCCAUGAUUUGGAGAGCUAGGAAUGGCAAUGGCGCCGUGCUGCGAAUGAGCACUCCCACAGUUUUAUCGCUCCAAGGCACUUUUAUGUGCACGAGCACAACAGAUGAUGGUGGAUAAUUCUCUUUUGUGGUCCUCUCUAGCAGGUCACGUCGUGCAUUCCUUCUUGAAGAGUGGAGUCACGUAAUUUUCUGGUGAAAGAGAGAAAGAGAGAGGGAGAGAUUCUCGCCAAAGAGGUUGGAAGUUCUUUUAUUUUUUGGUUUAUCAUUGAGAAACGGAACACAAACUUUCCUUC